AACAGGGAGUGCCACCUAGAGUCCGCAAUGCAACUCUUCUCCGUCCCCAUCUUCCUCCUCGUCUUCCGCGAGACCAUCGAGACAUCCAUCAUUGUCUCUGUCCUCCUCGUCUUUCUCAAGCAGGCCCUUGCCUCCCCUCUGCCAUCUCCAGAGGCAAGCCAACUUGGCCAUGCCGCUGAACUCAAACCUACGCCGCCGGAGCGUCUAGGCCAAGUCGUACCCCAGCAGGCUCAAACCUUGGCCCAACACGAUGAACCUCUCUCCACCUCCCAUUCACAACCCGUUGAUCUCCGUGUGUACCAUGCCCUCCGCCGCCAAAUCCUUCUUGGUACCAUCUCCGGCUUUAUCCUAUGUAUCGCCAUCGGCGGCGCCGUCAUCGGGGUCUUCUACACUCUUGGUGUCAACAAGUGGGAGAGCUCGGGCGCGGAGCUGAACUGGGAAGGAGCGUUUUGUCUCUUGGCGAGUUUGAUUAUCAGUGUGGUGGGCGCGGCGCUGUUGAGAGUGGGCAGGAUGAGGGAGAAGUGGAGGGGGAAGAUGGUUAAGGCUAUGGAGGGGAAGGACAGGAAGGAAAACGAUGGGAGAGUUACAAGGGAGGAGGGUCAAGAUGGGGAGGAAGAUACGGAGCGAGGGGAGACGGAGGGCGUAGAAAGGGGACGCGGAUGGUGGGUGAAGAUGAAGACGUGGAUGGAAAGGUAUGUCAUGUUUGUUCUGCCCUUUGUGACAGUGUUGAGAGAGGGCGUGGAGGCGAUUGUGUUUGUUGCUGGUGUGUCAUUCGCGGCGCCGGCGAGCUCGAUCCCGAUUCCUGCUAUUGUUGGGGUUAUCGUGGGAGCUUUGGUUGGGGUGGUUCUGUACCGAUUCGGAUCAUCGACCAAGUUGCAACUCUUUCUCGUGCUCUCGACAUCACUCCUCUACCUCGUCGCAGCUGGUCUCUUCUCUCGCGCAAUCUGGGCAUUUGAGAGCCAGCAAUGGGCCAACGCCAUCGGAAGUGAUGCCGCGGAACUCGGUAGCGGCCCUGGAUCCUACGAUGUUGACAGAUCUGUCUGGCAUGUGGACUGUUGUAGCCCAAUUGUGAACGGUGGAGGCGGUUGGGGCAUCUUCAACGCCAUCUUUGGCUGGACCAACUCGGCAACAUACGGCUCCGUCAUUGGAUACAACUUGUAUUGGCUGGUCGUCAUUGUGUCUUUCCUCGUGAUGAGAUACCGCGAGGUGAAGGGGAAAUGGCCAAUCAUCCUACGGAAGACUGCGGUCGAAGAUGGCAAGUCGGUAACGGGGCCUUUGUCACGCCAUGACACGAGUGAGAAGGCUAGCCUUUUUGACAGGUUGAGCUGGAAGAAGGGCAGGUAUUGAAGAGGAUAUCUGCAUCAAGUAUCGCAGGGCAACAAGCCGCCGCGUGCGCGACAAAGAAGAAAAAACGAGAAGGGGCCACCAACAAAAAAAAACGCCCAAAAAAAGAAAUCAACAACCGGUCAAGAUGGCUCAUCAGUGAA